GUAUCUCUUGGCGGGGGCUGCCAUCACCCUGGUGGUUCAGAAGUAUGGCUGCUGCAUCUGGAAGCUUGGGGACCAGGUGGGCAUCCGUGGCGCGCCUGCGCCCGUCCGGGAAGUUCCAGAUGCGACAGCAUGGGAGCCGCUGAAGCAAAUCCUGCAGCAGUGGGAGUUCACAUCGAACUAUGCCGUGGCUGUGGGCGAUGCCACCAACGGACGGCUCUUCACUUAUGAGGGUGGCAACUUCACCCUGAAGACGAAGAUCCCAACCGGCAGCACCAGCAAGUGGCCAUCGGCAAUGAUGUUCGCCGGCCUGGUCAACGACGGCUCCGUUAGCUCCCUGGACGACCCGAUCUACAAGUAUUUGCCUUGGUGGACGAAGGAUCCCAAGGACCCUCGCUCCACUGUGACGUUCCGCAUGCUCCUGACCUUCACCUCUGGCUUUGGUGAUGGCCAUCCCGGUGAGGAGGCCAACACUCGCGCUGCAAGGGAGUGGCGUCGUGCGAACCGCCCGAACGAGACGAAGGCCGUGGUGGCCCGACGCUUGGCCGCCAAGCCUUGCGACCAGCAGUCCGGAUGCAUCAUCGGCUGCGCCAAGUACAUCUACGAGAACGCUUCAGGUUUCGGGCAAAAAGAGGUUGUCACCGGUUUUUCGGAAGGACACCUGACCGACCUGACUCCAGGAGCAUCUUCCGACAUGGCAUCUAGGUGCCUUCUGCUUCUGAUCGCAGGGUUCCUGGCACUUCUGCAAGCUCUGUGUGCCGUCCCGGUUUCUUCUCGGUUCACUGUUCCACCUAGACGGGGCACCUACGGCCAAGAGGUGAAGCGUCUGUAUCAUGUCACAGAGCACGGCGAGGCCAUUCGCAAGGAUGGUUUCAUGAUUCCUGGUGACAAGGGCAGCGUCGGUGGUGGCAUAUACUUUGCAGAUAGUGAGUCGGCUGCGCAGAGCAAGGCGACCAGCUUGGGCUACCUGGUCGUGGCGGAUGUGCACGUCGGUAAAGCUCUGGCCAUAGACCAAUCGAGCCGCACGCACGAGGACUGGAAGCUAAGUGAGUCGCCCUGGCUGCUUGCUUUGUCAGUGAUUGCUGUGGUUUCUUUGGUCCUCGUCGGGGCUAUGCAUCUCUACGAGAUGGUGACGAAUGCCGGCCCAGUUGACAUAAUGGACAUGAUUGAUAUGUCCGACGUGUCUCCGCCACUCGGCUCUUUCACUGGAGGCGACUGGGCGAGCUGCUUCCGUUCCUUGCAGGAGGCAGGAUACGACUCUGUCUAUGCCACGGGCCUCAACGGAGGGCCAGAGUAUGUGGUCUUCAACGAGGAUCAAGUGCAAAUUGUGGAAGUUCGCCGGAUGUAG